AUGGGCUGCAUUAAAAGUAAGGAAGAUAAAAGUCCAACCAUGAAAUACAGAACUGACAAUACGCCAGAACCCAUUACUUCCCAUGCCAGCCAUUAUGGGUCAGAUUCAUCCCAAGCAAACCAGUCACCUGCUGCAGCAAAGGGAUCAUCAGUUAAUUUUAACAGCCAUUCUGUGACUCCUUUUGGUGGGUCAUCUGGUAUGACACCUUUUGGCGGAGCAUCUUCCUCAUUUUCAUCUGUGCCAUGUCCAUAUCCUAGUGGUUUAACAGGUGGUGUUACUAUUUUUGUGGCUUUAUAUGACUAUGAAGCGAGAACUACAGAUGAUCUUUCAUUCAAGAAAGGUGAACGGUUCCAGAUAAUAAAUAACACGGAAGGAGACUGGUGGGAAGCAAGGUCUAUUGCAACUGGAAAGAGUGGCUACAUCCCUAGCAAUUAUGUAGCUCCUGCAGAUUCAAUUCAAGCAGAAGAGUGGUAUUUUGGUAAAAUGGGCAGAAAAGAUGCAGAGAGAUUACUUUUAAAUCCUGGGAACCAACGUGGUAUAUUCUUAGUCCGAGAGAGUGAAACUACAAAAGGUGCUUAUUCCCUCUCUAUACGUGACUGGGAUGAAGUCAGAGGUGAUAAUGUGAAACACUACAAAAUUAGAAAACUUGACAAUGGUGGAUAUUACAUAACAACUAGAGCACAAUUUGAAUCUUUACAAAAGCUGGUCAAACACUAUACAGAGCAUGCUGAUGGCCUGUGUCAUAAGUUAACGACUGUGUGUCCAACUGUGAAACCUCAGACACAGGGUUUAGCAAAAGAUGCCUGGGAAAUUCCUAGAGAAUCUUUGCGUUUAGAAGUUAAGUUGGGCCAAGGCUGCUUUGGUGAAGUAUGGAUGGGAACAUGGAAUGGAACUACAAAAGUAGCAAUCAAAACACUAAAACCGGGUACAAUGAUGCCAGAAGCUUUCCUACAAGAAGCUCAGAUCAUGAAGAAACUAAGGCAUGAUAAACUUGUUCCACUUUAUGCUGUUGUAUCUGAGGAGCCAAUCUAUAUAGUCACUGAAUUCAUGACAAAGGGUAGCUUACUAGACUUCCUUAAGGAAGGAGAAGGGAAAUACUUAAAGCUUCCACAGUUGGUGGAUAUGGCUGCUCAGAUUGCAGAUGGUAUGGCCUACAUUGAAAGAAUGAACUACAUUCAUCGAGAUCUUCGGGCAGCUAACAUCCUUGUGGGGGACAACUUGGUGUGCAAAAUUGCAGACUUUGGUUUAGCAAGGUUAAUAGAGGACAAUGAAUACACUGCCAGACAAGGGGCCAAAUUUCCAAUUAAAUGGACAGCACCUGAGGCUGCAUUAUAUGGUCGGUUUACAAUUAAAUCUGAUGUUUGGUCAUUUGGAAUUUUGUUGACGGAGCUUGUAACAAAGGGUCGAGUGCCAUAUCCAGGCAUGGUGAACCGGGAAGUGUUGGAACAAGUAGAACGUGGCUAUAGAAUGCCUUGUCCUCAAGGAUGUCCAGAAUCUCUCCAUGAAUUAAUGAAAUUGUGUUGGAAGAAAGAUCCUGAUGAAAGACCAACAUUUGAAUAUAUUCAGUCUUUCUUAGAAGACUAUUUUACUGCUACAGAACCACAGUACCAGCCUGGGGACAAUUUAUAAACUUGCAUACCAUGCACAAAUCUGCCAAAUGUAAAAUACUUUCAAAAAAUUCCUUGCUGAUUUGAAGGACUCAAAGGAAGGCAAAUCACCGCUAUUUGCAUGUUCUUGAUGGCUAGCAAACUGGAAUUCCAUAAUACAGUUGCACAAAACCACUUUCUAAAGUGUUUUGCCCAAAUAUACCAAUGAUGUGAUAUUUCUCUCCCUUAUUAUAUCAGGGUCCAAAGGAAGCAUACCGAGAAAGAGAAAAGAAGGAUGGUAAAAUGAACAUUACCAUGACAGUUUAUAGGAACAGAGCUGCUAAUCUAUAUCUUUUCCUCUUCUAACGUUUCAUCAGUACUGCUAAAGGCAAUAUCAGCAGUUACAUAGCCUCUAAAUGGACAUGUUCAAGGAAUAACUAAGUUUAUGGGACCAAACAAUUCAAUUCUAGUUUAAUAAAAUGCCCUGUGUUCAGAGUAAAAUGGGGUUUCUAAAAUUUGAGAGAGCAGUUCAAUCCUAAUCUUGAGGUUCCUUUUACAUGGAUUUAAUUAGGUUAGCUAAAAUGUUAUUUACAAAAGCAGAUGAUUUAUGAUAAACUUGAUUAAAUGCUUGACCUCAGUAGUAGAACUGAAAAGCAUAAUGCACUGUGUUAAUACUUUAAUGUUAAUGUAACUGGAAAGUAGCAUAAGGGAAUUUUUAAGAAAUUCCUGCAUAGGUUAAUUAAGAAUGAUGAAGGUAACUACAAAGUGAGGUAAUAUUUUAUAUGGUUAUGUUAAUGGGAUGGAAUGUACAAACUGGAAGCCAUAACAUGAAGCUGUAGGGAAAAGAGGGACUCUCCUUAAUCUUUUAAGAUGUAACCUUGCAGAGAGCAAUGUCCUGUGCUCCAGUUUUGCAUGUUUGGGAUUUCUUUUAGAAGAGACAGGUCUGGGAAAGGGAGAGAUGUGAUUAUUACUUCUAAGUGCUUCCAAGGUAAAAUAUCACAAGUUCAGGGAUUCACAUAAUUGCACCACUUCUGCUUUUCUUAAAAGGACAGUCAUAUGUAUCAACAACAAAUUAUUUAUAAAGAAAUUAAAGUAUGAAAAGUUGAGAGACUCAAUAUAUUUAAUAUUGAGUUACCAAUGGCAAACUAUUAGUGGAGAGUCAAUCCAACAACAGAGUACAUAUGAAGAGCAGGGGCUGCACGUGCAUAAUAUUUUUUUAAAGGCCUAUGUACCUAUAGCCACAACUGUUGGAUCAAGAGCACACAGCUAGUGAGACAGGUGCAGAAGUUGCCUUCUACAUGAAUAUUGCCACUAGGUAUUUUGAGGAGUAAGAUUUUAUUUUAUUUUUGCUAUAAUCUCUGACAUAUCAAGCAAUAAAAUCCUAUUGGCAUUGUUAGAAUUUGCCAAUUAUACUCUUAACUUUUUUUCAUUUUGCACUACAAGCUUCUUUGUGUAAGUUAACAACAUAAUUGUCAUGUUAUCAGACAAAUCAUACAGAUUUGGUUCCUGAUACAGGAAAUAUAACUGUUAAGAUAUAUUGAAUUAUUUUCCCAGAACAAUUUUUGUAAAACUGUGCAAUCAUGUUGCAUUUUCACCCUAUUAUUUCUACAUCCCUAUCAAAUUUUAAAAGGGCUUUAUGUAAAAAAUAAUUAUGGGAUUGUAUUUUUUUCUAAAUAUAUGUUAGAAUGAGUAAUACAGCUAUGUUUAUGUAAUAAUACAAUUGAAACAAAAACAUCAGAAAAUUAUUCUGGUAUUGAUUGGAUUUUAAUUAAUAAAUGGAACAAUUCAUUGUAACAUUUGUAUAGUAAGGAAAUAAAAAACACUAACUUAA